AGCAAUUAAAAAAUAACCUUCGAAUUUGAUAUACAAAUCGAUAAAACACUCUCAUAAGGGUGAUUUCAACCCACACACCACCUUAAAAAUAAGCAGUUCUCAUAAGCAAUUAGAAGCCAUGAGUCGGAUUGACGACUUGAUUAAACAUACACUUGAGCAUGGCUAUGUCAUCAUCCCCAAUGCUUUUAGUAAUGAAGAAAUCGAAGAAGCCAAAGUAGAACUACGACGCCUCGAGCAAACACUCCAACCAGGACCCGCUAGUGCCGGUGGGCGCAAUGCGUUUGAAGGCUACCGAACAAACCGCAUCUACGCACUACUCAACAAGUCACGCGUGUUUGACAAGUUCACGCUGCAUCCCGAUGUAUUGGCACUCAACGAUCAUUUCCUCGAUGACGGAUUUCUCGUGACGGCAUUUCACAGCAUCAACAUCCAGCCUGGCGAAGAUGCCCAGGCUCUGCAUCACGACGAUGCGUACAUUACAGUCCCUCGCCCGCAUGCUCCAUAUGGUACCGCCAUCAUGGUAGCUCUAGACGAGUACACGGAGACCAACGGCUCUACAGUCAUUGUACCAGGGUCGCACACCUGGGGCGACCGCAUACCCAAGCGAUCGGAAGCUGUACCGGUAACAAUGGCCGCGGGUAGCAUUGUGUAUUUCAUCGGCACACUGUGGCACGGCGGGGGGCAAAACCAAACGGACAAGGGCAGACUGGCUUUGACGGUCCAGUACUGCAUGUCGUGGAUGCGCCAGCUAGAGAACCAGCUGCUCGCCGUGGACUGGGACAAGCUGGACGACAUUCCACCGCGACUAGUGGAGAUGAUGGGAUACAAGGUUGGGAGGCCAUUCCUCGGAUAUUGCGACGGCCGGUCGCCAAGGACACGGGUCACACAGCUCAUGCAUAAGUGGGAACGGGCAAAGAGAGAUGAGAAGCUUUAGUCUUAGCUUGAGCAGCAGGAAAAUAAAAAAAAAGACAUUUCUCUUUGGCAUAUGGUGCAGAGUCAGAUUAAAG